AUGAAAACCUUAUUCUACUUGGCUGUGAUAGCUUGCGUUUACGCGCAGCACGAGUGGGACGAGAGGGGAGAGCGAGGCGAGUGGGGGGAGCGGGGCGAGAGUGGAGAGUGGGGCGAGAUAGGAGAGUGGAGCGAGAGGAGAGAGUUGCCCAAAUGGAGCGAUGCGUUUCAUUCGGAGGAAGAGAGUGAGGAGACAGAAGGAAUUCCCGGAAUCUGUCUGCAGGAUGAUAGCACGCGUCACUGCUUUCACGCCGAACCCAAGUACUAUUACUCGCCUAAACGUAAGCGAUGUUUAACCCUACGCUACGUAGGAUGUGUAAAUUACGGGAACAAUUUCAAAUCCAUAGAAGAGUGUGAAAGAACUUGUUCAAACAGACCUACAAAAGGUACCAACAUCUGUCUGCUGAAGCCUAACCCCGGUCGCUGCCAUGCGUUCUCCCGGAGGUUCUACUACUCGCACGCACAAAACAAAUGCAUCGAAUUCACGUACGGAGGCUGCGGAGGGAACGGAAACAGGUUCAGUAAUAAAGAAGAAUGUGAAAGGACUUGUGAAAGAAGAAAUUGUGAAAAAUACCAGACCGCUCCAGUUCCACGAUUCUUAUUCUACUUGACUGUAAUCGCGAGCGUUUGUGCGGCGUUCGACUGGGGUGAGCGGAUCGCUUCAGUUCAGUCGGAGAGUCAGUUCGUGAGCGAAAAGAACGAAGUUAUUCCUGGAAUCUGUCUGCUCAAACGAGAACCUGGUUCCUGCAUUGGUCACUUUAAUAGAUACUACUACUCGAAAAAACAUAAACAAUGUUUUCGCUUCAUCUACGGAGGCUGCGGAGGGAAUGCAAACAAGUUUGAAACCGUAGACGAGUUAAGAACCCACCCCUGUUUGCUGAAACCUAAACCUGGUUUCUGCUAUGGGGACUUCCCCAGGUUCUAUUUCUCUCAUGAACAAAGCAAAUGCAUCGAAUUCAGCUAUGGGGGAUGCGGCGGCAACGCAAACAGGUUCAGAUCACCACAGAUGUGUGAAUUGACUUGUUUAGGGAGACUUAACCAUGGGAGCUACGGGUAA